UCUUGGCCUGAAACCCGCCGCUCCUGCCGCCCGGGCGGGAGCGGGCCCGCGGGGCUGGAGGCCGGGCCCACCCCGCGCCCAUCCCUAGGCUCCGGGGAACUUGGAUUACCGAGGCCGGGGCCCGGCGCGCACAGGAGCGCACAGCAGCCCUGGAAGCCGCGUCCGGGGCGCAGGACCACGGGGACCUGGUCCUUCCCGGCCACCUAAAGAUCUGUUCCCCCGGGAAGGCGCCGGCGGCGGCUCUGGGAUUCGGGAGGAGCUCGCCGUCCGCCCGGGCCCCGCGCUGGGCGCUCUCCGUUUGCGCCCCGGCGGCGCAGGGGGUCCUGAGCGGCGCGCUCGCCUCUGCUCUUGGGCUGGGGCGCGGAGAGCGGAGGGCUCUUCCCUGGGGUUCCGGGGGCCCGGAGCUGCUCACGCGGUCCUCCCUGGAGUCCUCGCGCCCCUCGCCGUGCUGGUCUCGAGAGGCUCGCUGGCGUGCAGUCAUCUGAGGAGUUCUCCACUGCUUUGGUUUCUUCUCCGAUUUGGGGACAGUUCCCGCCAACGACGCUUGACGCGCUUUUUCCUUUUUUCGCGGGCGGGCUGUCAUCCCGGGUCGCCGGAGCCUGCGGGAAUCCUGUCUCUGUUCGCUGACCCUUAAGGCUCUCUCCGCUUGGCGUGCCUCCUCCUAGCCACUCGCCUCGAGGGCAGGGUGCAGGCGUGGCUCCUUUUUGCCCCUCUUUUGAGGGAGUGCGGUCGCCGAGGGGGACACCAGCCUCCUAGGGGCUCUUUGUGCGUGGCGGGAUCGGACCACCGGCCAUGGCCUUCACUUUCGCUGCUUUCUGCUACAUGCUGUCCCUGGUGCUGUGCGCUGCGCUCAUCUUCUUCGCUAUCUGGCACAUAAUUGCCUUUGACGAGUUAAGAACCGAUUUUAAGAGCCCCAUAGACCAGUGCAACCCUGUGCAUGCGAGGGAACGGCUGAGGAACAUCGAGCGCAUCUGCUUCCUUCUGCGAAAGCUGGUGCUGCCAGAAUACUCCAUCCACAGCCUCUUCUGCAUCAUGUUCCUGUGCGCUCAGGAGUGGCUCACCCUGGGCCUGAAUGUCCCUCUGCUUUUCUAUCACUUCUGGAGGUAUUUCCACUGUCCGGCAGAUAGUUCUGAACUAGCUUAUGACCCGCCGGUGGUCAUGAACGCGGAUACCUUGAGUUACUGUCAGAAGGAGGCCUGGUGUAAGCUGGCCUUCUAUCUCCUCUCGUUCUUCUACUACCUUUACUGCAUGAUCUACACUUUAGUGAGCUCUUAACUCAAAGACCACGCACGUCAUCCGAGACUGGGAUGGGAGAGGCACGAGACUGCGAGUCCACUUCUGCCGGUGACUGGAGAAGGGACCAGAGCGGGAUGUGUGAGGAAGACCCGGCAGACACCCCGAGGGACUCAGGACUGGAAUCACGCAGCAGCCGGCGGGCCGAGUUAACCGUGCGCAUGUUGUGACCCUGUGUGUCACAGUCUUUGGCCUUCGUGUCCCACAGCCGGGUUGUUGAUCCCUUCUGAGCGAUAAGGGCCCGGAGGAGUGGGUGACGAAACACUAAACUCCUGAGCGAGAGUGGCUGCUUCCUGAAUCCACGUCAUCGAACAGCUCCCUGCAAGUUCACGCUGAGUUCCUGGACUGUGGAGGGGAGGCUGGAAGGUGUCUGCUGAGGAACAGACUGACCCAGCGUCAAGGCUGAGUCUGUGGGACCCGUUGAAGGCCUCGAGGAUGCUGUGGGCUCUUGUUGUGUCUCUUCCAAGCCCUGGCCUGGCCCUUCAGCCCGGCGGGAGGGGCUGGAAGGUGUGUGGUGGGCUUUCUGCUGUCCUGGCCCUGAGCCCACAGCCCUGUCUGUUUUCACUCUGUGCUCUGUGGAGCCCCGCUUAGCCCCGGAGCUGCGUUUGGGGCAGUGUGUUGGGAGAGAGUUCUGUUCAGAGUCAU